AUGGCCGCUGCGCUCCCGCUUCUCCUCCUCCUGCUACUCCUCGCGCUCCCCGCCGCCACCCACGCGCUCACCGCCGACGGCCAGGCGCUGCUCGCCUUCAAGGCUGCCGUCCUGCGGGACCCCACGGGGGCCCUCGCCGACUGGAACGCCUCCGCCGCAGAUCCCUGCUCCUGGAACGGCGUCGCCUGCGAUGCCGCCGGCGCCGGCAUCCGCCGCGUCGUCGCGCUCUCCCUUCCCAGGAAGGGUCUCGUCGCCACCCUACCGGCGUCCGCGCUCCCGGCCUCCCUCCGCCACCUCAAUCUCCGAAGCAACCGCCUCUUCGGCGCCCUCCCGCCCGCGCUCAUCGCCGGCGCCACGGGGCUGCGGAGCCUCGUCCUCUACGAGAACGAGCUCGACGGGCCCGUCCCCACGGAGCUCGGGGGCCUCCCCUACCUCCAAAUCUUGGACCUCUCCGCCAACUCCUUCAACGGCUCUCUCCCCGGCUCGAUCCUGAAAUGUAGGCGCCUCCGCGCGCUCGCCCUCGCCCGGAACAACCUCACCGGCCAGCUUCCGCCGGGGUUCGGCCAGGAGCUCUCCGCGCUGGAGCAGCUCAAUCUGUCUUACAACCGCUUCUCCGCCGCCAUCCCGGAUGACAUCGGGAACCUCUCCAGGCUCCAGGGGACGGUGGACCUGUCGCACAAUCACUUCUCUGGGCCGAUUCCGGCGAGUCUUGGGAACUUGCCGGAGAAGGUAUACAUUGAUCUCACCUAUAACAAUCUUUCUGGGCCGAUUCCGCAGAAUGGGGCGCUAGAGAACCGUGGUCCCACGGCGUUCAUGGGGAACCCAGGGCUCUGUGGGCCGCCACUCAAGAACGCAUGCUCGCCAUCUUCCAACCCGUUUGUUCCAAAGGAUGGGGACUCGGCGCCACCCGGUGCCAGGAGGAGCAAGGGGCUGGGAAAGGUUGCCAUUGUGGCCAUUGUUCUUAGUGAUGUGGUGGGGAUCUUGAUCAUUGCCCUGGUCUUCUUCUACUGCUACUGGAGGGCAGUUUCCCCCAAGGACAAGGGACAGGGUGGGGCUGCUGGCUCUAAAUGGUCAAGGUCUGGCAAGGAUUGUGGAUGUUUUAGCAGGGAUGAGCCUGAGACACCUUCGGAUCAGGCAGAGCAGUACGGCCUCGUCGUCUUGGACCAGCAAGUCAAGUUUGAUCUCGAUGAGCUGCUCAAGGCAUCAGCAUUUGUGCUCGGCAAGAGUGGGAUUGGAAUUGUGUAUAAGGUGGUUCUCGAGGAUGGCCUCAUUACCGCCGUGAGGCGGCUUGGCGAGGGGGGUUUGCAGAGGUUUAAGGAGUUCCAGUCUGAGGUUGAGGCUAUUGCCAAGGUUCGGCAUCCCAACAUUGUUACCUUGAGGGCCUACUAUUGGUCUUUUGACGAGAAAUUGUUGAUAUAUGAUUAUAUCACAAACGGCAGCCUCUCGUCAGCAAUUCAUGGUAAACCUGGGACAAUGACGCUCACACCAUUGCCAUGGGAUGCACGUCUAAAGAUUAUGAAAGGCGUUGCCAGUGGGAUGUCCUUUUUACAUGAAUUUAGCCCCAAAAAGUACGUGCAUGGAGACUUGAGGCCAAACAAUGUGCUUCUUGGAAUGGACAUGGAACCGUACAUUUCAGAUUUUGGCCUCGGACGACUUGCAAACAUUGCUGGUGGAGCAUCAUCUUUCUCGCAAUCAGAUCGGGCUGGUGUAGAGAAGGCUAAAACUCAGCAGCCAGAUGCCUCAGUGAGCCCGCUUGUGAGCAGAGGUUCAUGCUACCAAGCACCGGAGGCACUGAAAACACUCAAACCAUCACAGAAAUGGGAUGUCUACUCCUAUGGUGUGAUCUUGCUUGAAAUGAUUACCGGAAGAUCGCCCAUCAUGCUCUUGGAAACUAUGCAGAUGGACCUUGUUCAAUGGGUCCAAUUCUGUAUAGAAGAGAGGAAACCAUCCUCUAAUGUGCUCGAUUCUUUCCUCGCCGGGGACUCUGAACGGGAAGAUGAGAUGAUUGCAGUACUCAAAGUCGCUCUCUGUUGUGUUCAGGCUAAUCCUGAGCGGAGGCCGUCGAUGAGGCAUGUCGAAGAAACCCUGGAGCGCCUCAACAUUUCAAGCUAGAAAAUCACUAUCACGAAAGGGGAUCAUAUCAUUGCAGAGAAUAUAUGAUGGCUGUACAGCUCGAGCAUGGCAAAGAAGCUUAGGGAGACAUCAAGUAACAUUAGUUAAGUAUGUAAAAUUGUCAUUUUCCAGGGGCUCAUGGAUUUUCAUGGGCUCUUAACAAGUUAGGUACCAUGUGUUAGUUAUUGUAAACUUGCAAGCAUGUCUGCUAAUAUGUGUUAUGGCCCUUGUGCUGUUAAGACUGAACAUCGACUACUAGUAUAUGAUAACUGAACAUUUCUCUUGGAAUUUCGGACCAUGG